AGAAUAGGGCUGUCGGCUUUUAUUUUGAAGGUUGUAAGCGGAUGUUAUGCUAACAUGACCGUUAGCUCGUUAGCCGAUGUCUCCUCUGACUCAGUGAGGUGACGCAGCAUCAUGGACAAAGUGAGGAGGAUCCUGGUUCAUGUUUGUAAAGACCGAGCAGCUCCACAACGAGCUCGGUUUGUUCAGAGUAUAACGGGUCACUUCAGUGAUGGCGCUGACGAUGUGGUGGAGGUGAACUGCUCACUGGAGAAGAACCAGUUUGUCCUUUCCAAAGGAGACAAAGGGCGAGGGGUUCCUCUGAAGAGGCCCGCCUUCUGUCCCAUCAAACACCUGUCAGUCAAGGAGGCGGCUGCGAUCCCAUUGGACGUCCAGCAGCGUGGAAUAGAUGUGGGUGUGGCCAUCGUCCUGCAGACGACCAAUCAGAGAGUGCUGCUCACACGAAGAGCGAAGGAGCUUCGGAUAUUCCCAAACGUUUGGGUUCCUCCAGGUGGCCAUGUGGAGCCGGAUGAGACGCUGCUGGACGCCGGACUCCGAGAGCUACAGGAAGAAACUGGACUCAGACUGGAACCAGAGCAAGUUUGUCCAAAGAUACUGGGACUCUGGGAGUCUGUGUACCCCCCCAUGCUGUCCAGAGGACUCCCUCAGAGACAUCACAUUGUCAUCUACAUGCUGCUGCACUCGUCCCUCUCUCACCUGCAGCUCCAGGCGUCUCUGAGUCCGUCUCCCGAGGAGGUCAGCGCCUGUCUGUGGGCCGACAGUCAGCUGGUCAGAGCCAUGGUGACCGCCGUGGACGGAGAGGACACAGAGGUUCAGCUGGAACACCUGCCGAGCAGCGUCAGUGUGUCUCAGGUGUCCACAGGUGGCGCUCUGAGUGAAUCCACGCUGCCACUGACCGUGUUUGUCAGCCGGGCGCCAGCCAGCGGACCAGACCUGGAGCGGGUCAGUACCGGGACCAAGUACGCCCUGGAGCUGUGGCUGAAGAGCCUGGAGACCCCUGACGCCUGACCCCCCCAAUACACACACACACACACACACACACACACACACACACACACACACACCCUGCAGUUCUCAGGAAGUCCUGGUUCCAGGAGUAAUUGUGCAAUUAAUUUUAUGACUGUUUAAUUCUGCCUUAUCUUUUUUAAUAAAACACUGAAUCAGACUCUUUAACUGACUGCACCUGCAGCUUCUGACCACCAGGUGGCAGCGACGUCCCGAAUGAGCAGGUACAUCACGAGGUUCAUGUUCUCACACAGACAGUUUGUAAUUCACACAUCCCAGAUAAUAAGUGUCUGAGGCGUCACACUUUGUUCUUUUAAAAAGGUUGUUGGGAGGAUUUCUCUUUUGUUUUGUUUGUUUUUGGGCCAAAGUAUUCUGUAAAGAAAAAGACUUCAUACAUUGAUAAACUUUUUAUCCGGCUUUGCCAAGUCGGCCAUUUGGCUGACAGGUAAGAACCGAGCUCAGGGUACUGGCUGUGUGGAACCGGUGCUGGUUCUGGAGGGACUUUUGAAGGCCAGACUGAGGGUGGAAUUAGUUUUUUUUCACAUGAUGGACACUAUGGAAGACUUUAAUAGUGUAUAAGCUGUGGAGGAAGCUCUGUGCUCUGUGGGAGGGGAGCUGAUUAUUCAUUUUUGAUUUAAGUAAAUUAAAUUGUUGACAUUGA